AUGUCUAUUGGAUUGAAUCGAUUUUGGUCUUCACGUCGUCGUCGAUUUAUUUCAAUUGGAUUAAUUGGACUAACAACAACAAUAACAAUAAUAAAAGUACGAAAACGUUAUAAUGAUCUAAUUGAAUUCGAUGAAGAUGAAGAUGAUGAAUUUAUAAAACAUACAAAUAGUGAACAUAAAAAAUCGUUUUAUCAUGGAAUGCAUCAUCCAUUUCUUACAAAUGAUAUUGAAGAAUUAAAUUUAUUUAAAAAAUAUUAUUCGAAAUAUGAUUUUUUAAUUGGAAAUAAUCUUAAUGAAAUUAAAGAAAAACAUUCAUUAAAAACUCCUGUAAAAUUUCGUUCAAUAAAAGAAUAUAAAAAUGAAAUAAUUCAUGAAAAUAUUUCAACAUUAUGUGUUGGUGGUGCCCCAGCAUUAAUUUCUGCUGUUGAUUUAAUUUCAAAUAAAAAUGAAAAAGAUUUAAUUUAUUUAAAUGAUUUUCGUCGAAUACCAAUUGCAAAUGGAUCAGCAUGGCAUCUUGAACAAGAUGCUCAUACAGAAGCACCAACAAAUUAUAAACCAACAAAAUUUCUUUCUGAUCAAUUAAAACGAAUUUUUUAUGAUAAUAUUUAUUUAAAAGAUAUUUCUAAAACAGGUGAAUUUCCUUGGAGAACAAUUGAUUGGUUAUCAUGGAUCUAUCAUCCCUCGCAUUGGUAUAGAGCUUUAAAAUUAUCAAUACAAUUUCAAAUCUUUACAAUGUUUAAUGAUCGAACAAAUCUUUUAAAUGAUGUUUCAAAACAAUGUUUUAUAAACGAAGUCUUUUUUUCAAAAUUAAAUGAAAUUUUAAAUAAUAAACUUCUUUUAGAACAAUCAGGAUCAAUAAUUAUUGCAAGAAAUCAACAAGAAAUAAAUGAUUUAAAUCAAUUAAAAGAUAAUUUAAUUGAAGAAGGAAGAAAUUUAAAUAUUUUAUCAAAAGAAACUUUAUUACAACGUUAUUCAUUUAUACCAAAUGGUUUAAUGUUUGCUGAAAAAAUUCAUGAUCGAGUUUUAGUUGCAAAUUUUCAACAAAUUCUAAAUGAUUAUUUAAUUAAACAAGGUGGAAAAGUUCUUGAUGGAACAUUAGAUACAAUUUAUAUUGAUGAGAAACAAUCAACUGAUGGUGGUGGUAUUGCAUCAAUUAAAUAUGGAAAUGGUCAAAAGAAAUUUAUAAAAUUUUCUCGUUUAAUUUUAUCAUUAGGAAAUCAAGAAAUUUUUACAGAAAAUAAUAAAAGAUUAUUUGAUGUUGUUUCAGCACGUGGUGUUUCAAUGUUAGCAUUGAUUUAUUUACCAAAAGAUUAUAAAAUUCCACCUGUUUUAGUUUGUGGUGGAACAAAUCAUGUUACGAAUUUAUCUCCUCAACCAAUUCAAAUAGAUGAAAAUACAAAUUUAUUUUUAAUGAGAUUUACAGCAGGUGCUUGUAUUACACCAAAUAUUUCCAAUAAAUAUACAUCCUUUUAUGAUUCAACUGUUGCUGUUGGAUUAUUAAAAUCUGUUAAAAAUACAUUUCCAACUAAUACGAAAAUUAAACCCAUUUUUAUUUAUGGAUGUAAUAGACAAGUUAGUCAAUAUGGACAAAUUAAUUGGAUUGAACCAUAUAAAAAUAUUUUUAUUCAAUAUGGAGCUGCAGGUGGUGGAUUAACAAGAGCACCGGAUUUUAUUACGAAUUUUAAUAAAUAA